UGCUUUCGACCUUGCGCCCGCUCUAUCGUCUCGCGUUGUUUUCAUUUUACACUCAUCGACGACGGUUGUUCCACUCCCGCGCGAACGAACAGAACACGCACGCUCUGACUAUUUUAUCCUAUCGCACAUUUUUUUUGAGAAGGACAAUUUUUGGUCUCUCGUGUUCGACAACGACGUCUUUUUUGCUGUUUGUUAUAGUUGUUAUUUAUUGAAGUGUAACCGAGCUACAUACAUACAUAUAUUGCUCUUGUUGUAGUUUUAUAUAUUUUUCACAUAUCUGAGUGUGAAUUAUUGUGUUUUAUUUGAUGCCAACUAACCUGAGACCAAACCAGGAGCGAAAGGAGAGCAGCAGCAGCCAAAAAAACAAAAAUCGAAGAAGGAAGGUGUUCAAAUAACAAAGUCAAACAAACCAAACCUCUGCACGACCGACCCGGACCGCCCGGCCCGCCAUUAGGCCGCAACGUCUCCACGCCCCAAAACAAAUCCAAGCUUCGAAAACAAAAGCUUUGCAAAAGCAAAGGCAACAACAGCAACAGUAACAAAAAAAAAAGUAACAGUAACGAGGCAAUUUUUGUUGGUGCCGCGCUGUUUCUCUGUGUAUCAUCUUCCCAUCCUCGUGGGUCGUGUGUUGUUUCGCUCUCCGCCGCAUGCGGAGUUACAGUUACACUUACGUUUACAGUUACAGUGACAGCCUCAAGUAGUUGUUGUUGUCCCCCUUCCAUUUCGCAAACACUCGUGUUGUUGCUGUGUGACAAUCGCCAAGGCAAAUAAACGGUAAAGCGAGGAAGGAGUGAGAGAAAGAGAGUGAGAGAGCGAAAGCAGAGGCGUACGGUGAGGGGAACUGCUCUGCUCCACUGCGCUGCUUCACUAAAUGCAUCCAAAAGCACGGAACGAUUAUGUCUCCACUUGAUACCAAAAAUAAACAAGCAAAAUCAAUCAAUUAAUCAAUCUGAUUGAACAGAUUGCUCCACGCCCACACAGCCCAAAACAUACCUAUACACACACACAUAAACCCAAACACACUCGACUCACGCACGCUCACACACGAGUCAACGCCCACACGUCCACACCCAUUGAUUGGAGUGGUAGGGGUGGGAGGAAGGAGAAAGAAGAGCAAGCAAGCAAAAAAAAGGAGCCAACAAAGUGAGAGUGGGAGAGAGCAACAACAACAAAAACAUCAGCAACAGCAAGAACAAACAUGUUUAAUUCACUUGCUCUGAUGCUCGCCUGCUGCGCACUUGCCGCCCUCUGUCUCGCCCACAAGGAUGGAGGAUCGACUGCAGAUGGAACGGGAACAGCCACAGACCUGAGCUCAUCCUCAUCAUAUCCCUCCACAUCCGCAUCGCCAUCAAUGCCGUUUGCGACGGGGCCUGGGAGCAGUACCAGCAGCAAGCAAUUGAGCAGAUGCCGUCAAAGCUGCUAUCAGAAGUAUUCCAGGGACUGGCAUUAUUGUACGGAUUCCACUGAUUGCAGAAAUUGCUGGGAAAACUGUCAAAAGCAAUUGUCGCCCUUCGAGCUGAGGAUACACAGGGCACAGCGGCAGGGAGCACUCGUGCUCACGGACAUUAGCUGGGACGAGAUGAUAGCCAAUGCCUCGCGCCAGUGCUUGAUCACUUGGGAGGUGUCUGGAGGCGGCCUGAUAGGCAAUCUCCUGACAGACACAUCCCGUGCCGAGCUCUCCCUGUGGCCGGACACGGUCUACAAUAUACAGGUCACGUGCAAGCAUAAGAUAACUGGCAUGAUGCGUCGCUCGAAGAGGCUCAAUGUGGACACGCGCCAGUUGGUGGGAACCACCAGCACCAGCACCACAGAGGGUAACACACCCACAACAAUAACAGCGAGCGAGGAGCGAGGACAGCCAAAGAUGUAUGCCCAUGUGCAUCCCACGGAUCGGGUGUAUAUCAUUAGUGCUUUGCCAACAACGAGCCAACUGAGUGGCGUUGUCUAUCCAGCCUUUGGGGCAUUAGCAUUUUUCCUGUCGCUAUUGGUGAUGUUCCUGUUUUUGCGUCCGCAACGCAAGCGCUUCCUUCUAGAUGCAGAUGCCACGGAAGCGGACACGGCCACGCUGAUUGGUGGUGGACAUCGGAGUUCGUCGAGAAAUUCGCUUGAGUCAUCGACGCUGCAUGUCUAAAGCGUACGAAAACCCGCAGGUGGAGUAGGAGUGCCGAAAAUGAAGAACUUUGUAGUCGUACAUAUAUAGUAGUAUAUGCCUGACUAUGUGAUAUUCAGCACACGCACACGCAUACACAGCCCGCCCACUAAAAACUGUAUAUAUUGCCACACAGCUGUGGGCACUAAUUGUGCCCAGCAUUAUCUCAUGCAUUUCAUUAAAUCAAAACCAGAGAUCCAGAGAUCCAAAAAUCAAGAGAUUGAAAGUCAAGCAACGUGUUUGCUCAAUUAAGUUUAAGUUGUAACACUUUUACCACUUACCUUUCUUAGAUCCUAAUGCCAAAAUCAAGCGCAAGUCAUGCGAGUAGA